AUGAACAAGCAAAUGACCUACCGACCUGAAAGGCGCACCGCGCUUGUUUCCCAAGAACACGCACGUUUCAACAUCGAUGCUGCCAUUUUCCCCAGGGAAAGUGGCGUGGAGGAAAUUUCUUUUUAUAUCUUUAUCACAUUCUUGUCUUUCUUGUUUUUCUUUUCUUGUCUUCUUUCUUUCUUUCUUUCUUUCUUUCUUUCUUUCUUUCUAAGGACUAACAUUUCUGUGCUCUUUUUUGUUCAAUAUUUUUCCUCUCGAAUCAUCUAUUCAUUAAACGUGUUGUCUUUAUUUACAUCUCAUUCAUAUUCCUGUUUUUUUCUUUUUCUUUCUUUCUUUCUUUUUUUCUUUCUUUCUUUCUUUCUCGCUUUUUUGCUUUUGUUUAUUUGUUCUUUCUUUCUUUCUUUCUUUCUUUCUUGUGAUAUUUAUAUGACCUUUCUUUGUUUCUUUCUUUGUUUCUUUCUUUGUUUGUUUAACCGUUCUUUCUUGUGCUCUUUGUUUCUUUUUAAUCCUAGUCUCUUUCUUUCUUUCUUUCUUUCUUUCUUUUGUGUGAUAUUUAUAUGGCCAGCUCCAUUUUUUUUUUACUUUCGGCCUGUUCCUAUUUCUUUCUUUCUUUCUUUCUUUCUUUCUUUCUUUCUUUCUUUCUUUCUUUCAGACCAUUUUAUUUAUUUUCCUACUCCCCGUUUCCAUCGCACCCUUUUUACAUUUAAUCUUCUUUUUCUUUCCGUUUAUUUAAUUCCUCCAUUAAAUCGCCUCCUUUUUUUUUCCUUUUCUGACUAUCUCUCCUCCCGUUCUGCAUAUCUCCAGUAA